ACGUGCUGUUGCAGGCACAACGUGCUGAAGUGGGAGGAUCGACCAGCGGCACUGCUACGUCACCGAAAGGCAGGGCGAGUCUGUACUGCAGAGACAGACUGAGCGGCGGACAGAAUUAUGUUGCUACACAAAUGAGGGAUUGAAGUUAAGUGUUUGGAUAUAAAGACAUGGAUUGACAUCGCGCCUUGUUGAUACGUAAGGUUUUCUGACACAAAAGCUGCUUUCUUCAUCCUAAGGAGAAGUGGGCGGACCCAUCACACGGCUGGUUCGGAGGGAGCAGCCUGACGCGUGCGUGGCUCUGCCACAGGGUGUGUAUGUGUGCGUGUGUGACCAUCACCUGAGCCUCCUUAUCGCCAGAGCCCAUAAAGUGCCCAUCCCACCAGGAUGUCUGGUAGAGAAAGAGGCCAGCGCAGUCAGCGGCCGUGGUCAGUGUACAGGGCGAGCACGUUUGACAUCUCCUCAGAGAUGCUGGGGCUUGUGCUAGCAGGAAAUGGCUUGGACCCAGACGAACCUGUGCUGGAGUUCAGUCUUGCCUGCAGUGAGCUCAUCACACCAUCUCUCGACCGCAAGCCCAACACCUUUGUGGCUGUGAGCUGCACCACACCGCCUCAGGUCUUCUGGACCAAACACGCUCAGACCGAGAUCAUCGAGGGCACCAGUAACCCCAUCUUCUUGAGCAGUAUUGCCUUCUUCCAAGACUCCCACAUCACUCAGCAAACCCAGCUGAAGCUGUCUGUGUAUGACGUGAAGGACCGUUCUCAGGGCACGAUGUAUUUAUUGGGCUCAGCUCUGUUUGCUGUUAAAGAACUCCUACAGGAUAAGGACCACAGAUUACACUUGACGCUAAGGUCAGCAGAGAACGUGUGCGUGGGCAACAUCACCCUCAUCGCCUGGCAGAUGGAGGAGCGACGGGAUCAGAGGAAUCCAGUCUCACGUUUACCAGACACCAUAAAUGGCAGGACGGUUCUCCCUGUGGAUGAGAGCUUGACAGAGUCUUUGGGAGUCAGAGCCAAGUAUGCAUCAUUGUGCAAAGACAUAUUCCUACGAUCAGCGUUUGGAGGCACCAUGUCCCGUAUGUACCGCUUCCCCACCACGGACGGCAACCACCUGCGCAUCCUGGAGCAGAUGGCCGAGAGCGUUCUGUCUCUGAACGUCCCGCGCCAGUUCGUCAAACUCCUGCUGGAAGAGGACACUUCCAGAGUGUGUGAGCUUGAAGAAUUAGGGGAGCUGUCUCCGUGCUGGGAGAGCCUUCGGAGGCAGAUAGUCACUCAAUAUCAGACCAUCAUCCUGACCUACCAAGACACUCUCAACAACUUACACAACUACAAAGGUCCCUCAUUCAAGGCCAGCAACCUUAAAGCAGAGAGGAAGCUGGAGUUUAUGCCCACGAACCUCCAUGUGCAGCGAAUGAGAGUGCAGGAUGAGUCUGGCUUUGACCAUACGUAUGAUGUGGUGACGAUUGGCGCCCCCGCAGCCCACUGCCAGGGCUUUAAGAACAGCGGCCUGAGGAAACUCAUCCAGAAGUUUGAGGAGGCCAAGAAAAUCAUUUAUGAGGAGGAAUGCAGCUCACUGUCCAGCUCGCAGUCCAUAGUCUACAUCCCUCAGGACAUCGUCCGUGCCAAAGAGAUCAUCGCUCACAUCAACACCCUGAAGACGCAGGUCAGCUACUACACUGAGCGCCUGUCCCGCGCUGCUAAGGAACGCUCCUCCAACGGCCUGGAGAGGACUCUCGCCAUCCUGGCCGACAAGACGCGGCAGCUGGUGAUGGUGUGUGACUGUAAGCUGCUGGCCUCGGCCAUCCAGGCCCUGAAUGCGGCACGGCCGGAGUACAUCGCCUCCAAGGUGUCGCCCUCUGCCGACGCGGAGCAGGUGGUGCUGCGCAACGACCAGGACACUCUGCUGGCCAAGUGGAGCGGCAGCAACAGUCGGACCUCACUGCAUGUGGACUGGCAUGAGGAGGAGUGGGAGAAGGUGUGGUUGAAUGUGGAUAAGAGUCUGGAGUGUAUAAUCCAGCGCGUGGACAAGCUGCUCCAGAGGGAGCGUCUGCACAGUGACAGCAGUGAGGACAUGGUGCACAACGAGCAGCAUGCCACCCCCAAGAAAGGUAACGAGAGGACGCGAGUCUUCUGGAUAAACCCCUUCUCCACCGAGGACUCUUCCUCCCACCUGUCACCAUCCUCUUCGUCGUUACCCUCCUCACAGCAUGUGCAGCAGUCAACACCAUCAUCACUUUCAUCGCCAUCAUCGCCAUCAUCGUCGUCAUCAUUCUCAUCCUCACUGCCUGCCCUCCCUGUUGCAUGCCAAGCGGGCUCUAAUAGAAACUCUACUAACUAUGGCAGUCCAGCAGGCGAGGAGGCCUCCGCAGGUGAGUGGAGUGAGGCUCUAUACCCACUGUUGACUACACUGAUGGAGUGUGUGGCCAUGAUGAGUGACAAGGCCAAGAAGUCCAUGGUGUUCCUGCUGAUGCAGGACAGCGCCCCCACCAUUGCACUGGACCUGAGCCUGCAGUACCGCAGGGAUGUGGUCUUCUGCCAGACGCUCACUGCACUAAUCUGUGGGUUCAUCAUCAAGCUGAGGAACUGUCUCCGUGACGAUGGGUUUCUGAGGCAGCUCUACACCAUCGGCCUUCUAGCUCAGUUUGAGAGUCUCCUCAGCACCUACGGAGAGGAGCUUUCCAUGCUGGAGGACAUGAGCGUUGGCGUCAACGACCUGCGGAAUGUGACCUUCAAGGUCACACAGGCCAGCUCCGGCUCAGCCCCCGACAUGCUGCCCGUCAUCACAGGCAACCGUGACGGCUUCAACGUCCGCAUCCCGUUGCCAGGGACCUUAUUCGAUGCACUGCCGCGCGAGAUCCAAAAUGGGAUGCUGCUAAGGGUCCAGCCAGUGCUGUUUAACGUCGGCAUCAAUGAGCAGCAGACACUGGCCGAGAAGUUUGGAGACACAUCACUGCAGGAGAUCAUAAACCUGGAGAGCCUGGCUCGCCUCAACUCUUACCACGAGCAGUUCAAAGAAGUCUUACCAGAGGACUGUUUACCCCGUUCCCGGAGCCAGACGUGUCUCCCCGAGCUGCUGCGCUUCCUCGGGCAGAACGUGCACGCCAGGAAGAACAAGAACGUGGACAUCCUGUGGCAGGCAGCAGAGAUCUGCCGGCGGCUGAACGGUGUGCGCUUCACCAGCUGCAAGAGUGCCAAGGACCGCACGGCCAUGUCGGUGACGCUGGAGCAGUGCCUGAUCCUGCAGCACGAGCACGGCAUGGCCCCGCAGGUCUUCACGCAGGCCCUGGACUGCAUGCGCAGCGAGGGUUGUCGGCGUGAGAACACCGUGAAGAACGUGGGAUGUCGCAAGUAUGCCUUUAACUCACUCCAGCUCAAGGCCUUUCCCAGGCAUUACAGACCUCCGGAGGGGACCUACGGGAAAAUAGAAACUUAAUGAGACACAGACAGACACACACACACACACACACACACACACACACACACAUACCUAUAUAUAUACUUCAAUUCUUAUGCUAUUCAUACAGUCACACAAACGUCAUAUAUCCACUGACAUGCACAAAAGAACAGUGUGUCCAAUGUAGAUGUGUUAGAUCAUCAUACUCUAGUCACUGAAGUCCUGUGUGCACUUUGAGAAAUAUAGAAAUAUAUAUGUAUAAAAGUGGCAUUCCCAUAGAUACUGCGUACUCCUAAAUACAUACCAGUCAGACUAUGGAGCACUGAAGAUAACUUCAUGUUUUAUUUGAUCUAAAAUAUAUGUGGUAUUUUAUCAAAGUAUACUGCCAGAUAUCAGUGAAGAGUUAGUUAUCCAGUUGGAACAUAAUGAGCAGAAUUAAAAACUUGGAUGCAGACUGUCUUCAAAGUUUUGCUUUAUACACAGUGGCAUUGUUCAACUUAAUGAAGUCGGUGCAUAGCAUUUGCUUGGCCAAUAGAGCCUGCCACAGACCCAGCUGAAUAGAUUUCAGUAGGUAGACCACAGACCCAGCUGAAUAUAUUUCAGUAGGUAGUCCACAGACCCAGCUGAAUGUAUUUCAGUAGGUAGUCCACAGACCCAGCUGAAUAGAUCUCAGUAGGUAGACCACAGACCCAGCUGAAUAGAUUUCAGUAGGUAGUCCACAGACCCAGCUGAAUAGAUGUCAGUAGGUAGUCCACAGACCCAGCUGAAUAUAUUUCAGUAGGUAGUCCACAGACCCAGCUGAAUAGAUCUCAGUAGGUAGACCACCCAGCUGAAUAGAUGUCAGUAGGUAGUCCACAGACCCAGCUGAAUAUAUUUCAGUAGGUAGUCCACAGACCCAGCUGAAUAGAUCUCAGUAGGUAGACCACCCAGCUGAAUAGAUGUCAGUAGGUAGACCACAGACCCAGCUGAAUAGAUGUCAGUAGGUAGACCAAACGCAUCAUAGUUCCAGUAACAGUUGAUCCGUUACUGAUUGGGAUUUCAAGGUUCUUGAGUAUCUGCAUAAAAGCUGGUUCUAUUCCUUCAGCUUUGACCCUAACUUUUCCUCCCCUAUUACAACAGCUUUUUUAAUUCAUGACUUCAAGGGAUAUAGAAUAAUUAUUUCGAAUGGCUGUGGCUAUGGCUGUGAAUGCAUAGACUGAUGCAGUGGUAGAGAGUAACCUCCCCCAGACCUCGUACACAUUCAGCUCUUUCAGCCAUCGCUAGUUGUGUCCACUUCAACAUGGCAUUAUUGUUUGUUUUGCAGUAUGUUUUCCAUGCAUUUUCAGUACUUUAACAUGUGACACGGGAAUAAAGCAAGCAUUUAAAGUUCGGCAAUAGAGAAAAGAAGUGUCUUACUCUUGUGCAUAUAGCCAAGCUUCGUGUCCCAGCGUGACCAACAGCAGUCCCCCAGGUGUGCUCAUCCUCACUAUGAACUGUGAAAUGCAACAGCCUAUAUGAUGUUAUUGUGGUGCAUCUACUUCUGUGUCUAUAUUAUUUUUAUGCAUAUAAAUAUCUUAUUUUUGUCUUGAAUUUCUUUGGUUAUCCAUAGAGCUUAUUUUGCAUUACAGCAUUUAAUAUAGUGGUGUAUAAUUUACACUUGCUAAAAAUGUAUUUAGAUUGGAUCUGUAUUUUUAUUUAUUUCUUUAUAUUGCACUGAACCAUAUUGUGUGUCAUAUUCUCUUACAAACCUGUAUAGGUCAGAUUUUUGCUGUAAAGUAUGCUUUUGACAAUAUGCGAUUAAAAAGAGAAUAUGAUGGAA